UGCAGUUUGGCUACGACUUGGCUGGCGUGUCUCAGUUUGAAAAUAAGGAUUGGUGGUUGAUUGUGUUUCUGUUUUGAACGUGUUUCGGAAGAAACGGACGUGUCUGAGUUCUGAUGCCAUGAAUCGAGAAGGAGUUUGGUUUUGGUUGACAGUUGUCUUCUCCGGUUUGCUGUUCCUUUGUGUUUUGGCACUGCUGUGUUUCUUCACCUGCAGACUAACAUCAAGAGUACUGCCUGUUGGAUCCCCUCUACAUUUUUGACUGGGCAUAAAGUCAUGAUCUUACAGCCUUCUGCCAGCCUUGGAAUGUAAGAGUUGUCCUGCAAACAGCCGUAGAUAGACAAGGAAAUGAAGGUUGCAGCACUCUUUAUCCUCAGUUGCCUGGUGUGGGUAGGCAUGGGAAAGUUUCCAGAGCAAGAGAAGAACCCUGCGUUCUGGAAUGAACAGGCUCAGCGCUCUAUAAAAAAUGCCUUAAACCUUCAAAAUCUCAACAAGAACAUUGCCAAGAAUAUCAUCCUCUUUCUUGGUGAUGGUAUGGGUGUACCUACAGUGACGGCAGCACGGAUAUUAAAGGGUCAACUGAAUGGACAGAGUGGCGAGGAGACACAACUGGAGAUGGACAAAUUUCCCUACGUUGCCCUCUCUAAGACAUAUAACACCAACGCUCAAGUACCAGACAGUGCGGGCACCGCCACAGCAUUCCUGUGCGGGGUGAAGGCCAACGAGGGGACAGUAGGAGUGAGCGCAGCAUCUGUCAGAUCCCAGUGUAACACCACUCAGGGGAACGAGGUCACCUCCAUUCUUAGAUGGGCCAAAGAAGCAGGCAAAUCAGUGGGAAUUGUCACUACAACACGUGUGAACCACGCCACGCCCAGUGCAGCAUAUGCCCACUGUGUGGAUCGGGAGUGGUAUUCAGAUGGGGACAUGCCCACCGAGGCACUGCAGGGUGGCUGCAAAGACAUUGCCCGACAACUUUUCGAAAACAUCCCUGGCAUUGAUGUGAUUAUGGGAGGUGGGCGGAGAUACAUGUACCCUAGAAACACAUCAGAUGUGGAAUACCCUACAGACAUAAAACACAACGGUACACGCAAAGAUGGCAGGAACCUUCUUGAAGAGUGGAUUGACGGAGUGAAAGACAAGAGAGGUCAAUAUGUAUGGAAUAGGAAGGAUCUGCUUUCCUUGAACCCAAACAAUGUGAAUUAUCUCUUAGGUCUGUUUGAGCCGGCAGAUCUUGCGUAUGAACUUGAAAGGAACAAAGACACAGACCCUUCCCUCACCGAAAUGGUAGAUGUGGCCAUUAAGAUUCUCAAAAAAAAUGAACGUGGGUUCUACUUGCUUGUGGAAGGUGGGCGCAUUGACCAUGGACACCACGAGGGGAAAGCAAAGCAGGCCUUACACGAGGCCGUGGAGAUGGACCGGGCCAUUACCCGAGCUGGUCUCCUCACCAGCCUCCAUGACACCCUGACUGUUGUCACGGCUGACCACUCUCAUGUCUUCAGCUUUGGAGGCUACACACCACGAGGGAACUCAAUUUUCGGUUUAGCCCCCAUGAUGAGUGAUGUUGACAAUAAACCCUUCACAUCCAUUCUGUAUGGAAAUGGCCCAGGGUUCAAACUGGUUAAUAGUGGAAGAGAAAAUGUCUCGACUGUGGACUAUGAGCAAAAUAACUAUCAGGCACAGUCUGCUGUUCCCUUGCGCUCGGAGACUCAUGGGGGUGAGGACGUGGCCAUCUUCUCCAAAGGUCCCAUGGCCCAUCUUCUUCAUGGAGUCCAGGAGCAGCAUUAUAUUCCCCAUGUCAUGGCCUACGCAGCAUGCAUCGGUCAAAACAAAGACCACUGCUGGGCAAGAUCUGGAGUGGCCACCUCUGUCAACCACGUCUCCCUUAUUUUGCCAAUUCUUCUCGGAGUUGCAUUGCUCGUGUGUUGACCUGUUGCUUUUUGAAUCAUCACUCAACCUUCUGUAAUUAGAUUAGGAACUAUCCUAACUGAUUCCUUCAUGUGGAUUUCUUUCAUUUUUGUAUGAAUUUGUAUGACUUUUUCUUAACAACAGAUUAUCAACCCUAGGACCAAUGCCUGGGCAUUAUGAAGAGCCUGAAGAGAAUACUUUCAAUAUGAGGAAUGUCUCUGAUAUUCUAUUGGAAUAAUGGAAAGAAAAAGCAGUGCAGUACUAUUUUUACUUGCCCUUUAAAAGCUCACACAACAUCAUUUUCCGUCGUAAAUUCAUCAAGAUCGCAUUAACAAAUUGUCUUUUUUCAUAUGUAUUUUUGCAAUGAUGGUAACAAAAGGUAAUGCAGUAAAAUGUGGACAAAUUUUGUCUUGCGAGUUAAAGUUAAAACAGACUCACAUUUACGGAGUCCCUUAGAGGACAGGGAGGGAAUUUAUUUACUGAAAUAGUUUUGCAUUCCUUGGUAAAUUAACCUUUGCUUUACUUUAAGAAUAUUGUAGUAACUAUGACUCUGGGAACAAUUUUUUUAUUUGGGCAGAAACCAUGUUUUUACGAUAGUAAUAUUGUAGUGACGAUGACUGUAUUAACCAUGGUUAAUUUUGUGGUUAUUACAAUUACCAUGGUUAAACUAUGGUUUCUUUCUUUCCUUCCUUUUUUUAUUUGUAUUUUUUUUUGAAUUUUUGGGUUGAAACCAUUUGGUUUGAAACACCAUACUUAAAUUACAAUUAAAUAUGGUGUUACUAAUAAAACUGAUGUAAUCAUGUUUUUAUUUUUUUUUGCUGUUUUGGGGACAGAAUGGUCAUUUUUUUAUUACCAUGGUUUUUCUGGUAUUAUUACUAUGGUUUUAUUACAAAAAUGAUUCUGAAGAUAUGAUUCUUUAUUUUUAUUUUUGGGGUUGUAUGGUUUUAAAACCAUACUUGUACCACAAAUUAAAUAUAGUGUUAAUAGUAAAACUGUUGUGACCAUAUUAUACUACCAUGGUUUUACUGUAUUAUUACUAUGAUUUUACUACAAAUGUUAUGGUUAAAAUAUGGUUACUGUAGUAAAACUACAGUAACUACAUUUUGUGGUUAUGAUUUUUGGUUAUGAUGGUUAAUUUAUUGCGAGGGAAUGCAAAACAUUCGAAUGGAGUGCAAACUAUUGGCGGGAACACAAACCUAUUUCAGAAAAGAAAUGCCCUUACUGUCCUCUGAGAGUUUCCGUACACAAUACGCCAUUUUUGCACGGAAAAUGGUCAUGGUCACAUGGGCAACUUUUAUUUUUAGUUAGUUUUGAUGUUGGUUGGGAUCAUUUUUGGUGAAAUAUCAUGUAAUUUGUGCUCUUCAUUAGCACUUGAUUGUGUAGUAUGCAUUGUGCUGCAUCAGGAGGCCGAUAACAGGAAAGAAUGUUGUGUAAUACAAACAGUACACCCUGAUAGCCCAGUGAUCUAUUUGAAUUACAACCCAAUCUCGUGACAAUUUUUAGAUAUUUUACGAGUUGGCUAUUUCAUAUGAUUCCCUGCAAUUUUGUUCAUAUAAAUUCCUACGAUUUCUUGACAAAUGCUCAGAUGUUAAAUGCGAAAAUAAGCACAAGUUCUGUGCACAAGGCAUUACACAAACCCCUUAUCUAAACCUAACCAAUCAAUAGAGUGUGGAAACAUGACAGGAAGCUGUUGUGUGUGACAGAAAUAAGUAAUUCUCUUGAAUUAGAUGGAAACGAUGUCCAGUGACGUCAUUGGCUGUAGUGAAAGUCGGAUGAAUUCAUACGAAUUAGCCAAAUUUAGAAAAGGCGUACGAAUCCUUACGAUUUCUGCAUGAGAGUGUGUUGUUGAGUUAUGUGUUAUCAUCUGGAAGAUGUCAUUUUGUCGAAAUCUUAAACUUUGUUUGGUGGGUCUGAAAUCAAACUUUAUCUGUAUCUAGUUUGAUCAUCAUACUGAAUGUGGUGUAUCUUUUGAAAUGUAUUGAACUCACUUCCUUUCAUUUUGAAUCUGAAUGACAGUACAGAAUGUGCAAUUGUUGCAUGUUCGUAUCUAUAGCAGUUUAUGAGCCUUUCAAUGAAUGUAGACAAUUCAAAUGAAAUACAUGUGAAUAAUCACAAAAAUGUGGACUCAAUGUAAAUGAAGGAUGUUUUCAUUUCAAGUGUAUUUCUUUUGUUUUCCAGAGUUUAUUGGCUAUUCACCAAUAAAUAGG